UGACAAUACCAUGCGAUCUUUUUAAAAUAACACGAAGUUUUUAAAAUAGUCAUCUAUUUCAUAUUUUUUAAAUCAUGAGUGCCGUAAAAUUAAACGGUGAACAUAAAGUCAACGGGUCUGAUUUGAAAACGCCCUUUCUAAUAGGAGUUGCCGGUGGUACAGCCAGCGGAAAGAGUACAGUAUGUAAGAGAAUAAUGGAAAAACUGGAUCAAGUUGAAGUAGACCAGAAGCAGAGACAAGUAGUGUGUAUAUCUCAAGAUAGUUUUUAUAGAGAACUGAGCCCAUCGGAAAUUAUUAAAGCUGAAAAGGGACAGUUUAAUUUUGAUCAUCCAGAUGCAUUUAAUGAAACCCUAAUGUAUGAAGUUUUGGUUGAUAUUUUGGCUGGUAAAAUGGUUCAGAUACCCACUUAUGACUACAGGAAUCAUUCCUUGAGCAAAGACGAGAUUUUAACCAUAUAUCCGGCAGAUGUAGUUCUUUUUGAAGGCAUUUUAGUAUUUUACUUUCCGGAAGUUAGAAAACUAUUCCACAUGAAACUUUUUGUAGAUACAGAUUCAGACACCAGGUUAGCUAGGAGAGUUCCGCGUGAUAUUAAUGAAAGAGGACGAGACCUGGAACAAGUACUUAAUCAAUAUAUGAACUUCGUAAAACCUGCAUUUGAAGAAUUUUGUUCACCUACCAAAAAGUUUGCCGACGUUAUUAUCCCCAGAGGUGCUGAUAAUAGUGUCGCCAUAGAGUUGAUAGUACAGCACAUACGGGACAUUCUGAGCAAAGGAAGGAAUUCGGAAGAGCGACACGUGAGUCCGCCGAAGCUGGUGUACACUCCAAAAUCGUCUCCUUCAAAGAAGAACAAUCCUGGAGAUCAUCUGUUCAAAAGACCGCAUUGAGUGUGGCUUUAAAAACUCUUAGAUAAUUUUUAAAGUAAACACAACAAUUUGAUUCUAAGUGUAGAUUUAGUAGUGUAUUUAGAAGCUCAAAUUUGAACAAAUCAGUUACAUAGAUUUACAUAUUGUUCUGCAAUUUUAAAACCGUGAAAACCAAGAAGCGGAUUUUAGUAACGCUGAAAUCCCCACACUAAGUGGUAGAAGAUAUGAAUACAACAGAUUCGGCAAAAAUAAGUAUUGUAGGCAAUUUUGUUUUAUAAUUUAAGUUAAGGUUUAAAAGAAACUUCCUAGUAAGUAAAAACAUAAUGUUGUAGGUGUUUUUUCUUGAAUUAUUUAUUUAAUUUGUGCCUCUCUAGUAUUUAACACACAACACUAGACCGUAUUUUUAGAAUUUAAAUGAAUCUUAUAGUAUACCGCAUUUCUUAAUAUCUGAUAACACGUUAACCUCAUUAUAUAUUUAAAAGGGGAAAUAUCUCUUACACAUACCUUACAGAAGAUUGUAAUUUGUGAUUUCCGUUUGAGUUGAAAGAGUUUAAAUCUAGGAAAGAACUACAAAACGAAGCAGCCACUACUAGUUUAAGCUUAAUAUUUCAAUUGUGAUUGCUUCUUACCUUGUGAAUAUAUUACAGAUUACGUAUAGCCAUAUCAAGUACGACCAAUUGAAGUAGAAGUAAAUUUAGCUGGUGAGCAAAGCAUUUUGUAGUUUAAAGUCUCCUUAUCCUUGAUUUGAAGUCAUCCCAAGUGUCCAGCCGUAACAGCAACUCUAUCAUAACUUUUAGCGACAAGUUAGGUUCUAAAGCAUGUAAAGAUUUGGAAAAAAGCAGCAGUUUCGUUCAAGGUUUGGAAAAAACUUUGCAAACCAUAUCAACUAGAAGUAAAUUUAACAUAACUUUGAGCGGCAAGUUUGGUCCUAAAGCAUGUGUCCUUUUGAAAGAUUUGGAAACAAUCAGCAGUUCGUUCAAGGUUCCAAAAAAAAUUUGGCAAACCAUAGCAAGUGCGACCUAUUAAACUAGAACUAAAUUUAACCGGUGAGCAAAGCAUUUUACGAAUAAAAACGUGUCCUUCACCUUGAUUUGAAAUCAUCCUAAGUGCUCAGUCUUAACAGCAUCUCCAUCAUAAUUUCAAACGACAAGAUGAGUCCUAAUGCAUGUGUCUUUUUGGAAAAUUAACAAAAAAGCAGUAGUUGCGUUCAAGGUUUGGAAAAAAAAAACUGUGCAACCAUAUUAAAUGUGACCGAUUGAACUAGAACUAACUUUAGCCUGUGAAUAAAACAUUUGCGAUUGGAAAAACGUGUCUUUGACUUUGAAUUGAAGACAUCCAAGUGCUCAGCUAAGAGCAACAAUUUUGGUCGCUCCAAGUUAUGAUGUAUUUUCCGUAUGUGAGAUUCCGACAAUUUUUUUUCUUUCAAUAUACUCUCCUUUCACAUUCAUUCAUUACUCCAUGCAAAUCUUCAACUGUGCAAAGCAGUACUGGAGAUCAUUGUCCCCUACGCUGUUAAGUAGCUGCGCCGAUGUUUAUUUUAUGUCGUCUAAUGACUCAUAGCGAUUUCCUUUCAAGCAGGAUUUGGUUUUUUAAAAUAAGUAGAAGUCACAGGGUGCCAAACCUGGCAAAUAUAAUGGGUGCUUCGUGCAUGUGGCAGAAUUUUGGCCAAAUAUACUUUUUGAACUUCAGCGGUUACAGUGCGCGGUUGUCUGCUUAUUAUGGACGUUGCCACUGUUACCAGUAAUUGUAAUUUGUGACGAAAUUUAAUUAUUUUUUCGAAAACAUAUCUUUUGAUGGAAUUUGAUCAUUUAACGUACUGUUAAAUAUUAAGAAACAUAUUGUAAUUAAAUUUUUACAUAGCUUAACAUAAUUGCUACAUUUAUUAAAAUUCUGAACGCAGUUUCAAUUGAAUUUAGUAAUUCUACUGAGUAGCAAUAGCAACAAUUUUAUAUAUUGUUAAAAAUUUGAGUUUUUAAGUACAUAUCAUUACAUUUCACAAUGUAGAAAUAUACAAAUGUACAUAUUAUAUGACAUAGUUUGGCUUAAGUGUUAUAUAUUUUAUUUAUUUUUGUUUUAUUUAUUUUUGCUAAGGCAAUGUUUCUGUUAAAAAAUAACAAGUUUUGUUGUUUUUAAUACAAUUAAGUGUUAUAUGUCUUUAUUCAUAAACUAAAAAUGGCGAAAAUUUAUGACAACAAUGUUCAACAACGUUUUUUGAGUUGACUGGUUUAAAUUUUAUUGUAGGUUGUUCUUGUAACAGUUAAAAAUAAAGUUUUUGAUGUUUUAAUAGAAAAAUUAGAGAGCUAUUUUUUCAAAGACUGUAUAGAAAUAUAUUUGAAAUAUAUAACUAUGAAACAAAUUGGUUGUAAACAUAAAAAAGUAUUUUUUAUCCAUGGGACGUAGUAGUAGAAGUGGACUCGAUGGCUCAGCGUACUGACAGACUCACGAAGUGAGGAGUUUAUUGGGUUUAAGUAUAAGUCGAAAAUAAUGAAAUCAAAAACAGAUUUGCGACUUUAAAUUGCAAUUUACGAGUGAAUAAAGUCGGCCGAUGGAUGGUAUAAGUUAUGCUGACUCAUCGAUCCAUAAGAUGAUAAAAAUCAGAAUAGUUGUAGAGGUAAACCUUAUUUUAAUAUUAACAAGGUUUGGAGUGAACCAGUGCCUCCUAUUUUAACAAAUUGUUCAUAUUUGUAGGUACUCUUAUUGUGAUUUCGAGAAUACAAUUACCAAAGAAAAAUUAUAACGCUUGCCUUAGUUAAUUCUUGAUAUUAGGCUCAAUUAAAAUGCAAUCAAAUGCAAUAAGAUGCCACAUUACUAUAGUACUUCAAAUUAUAUCUGUGCACAGAAACAUUAAAGAAAGAUAAGAGAAUCUUUGACUAAUAUGAAUAUUUAGCAGUAGUACUCUUCCCUUAUUUCGAUAUUGACUACUGCUUUGGCCAAUUCUUCAUAUUAGGAUCAAGGUAAAAGUUGCCAUGGUACUAUAGUCCUUCAAAUCACAUUUGUGUAAGGAAACAUUAAAAAAAAUUGGGAAUUAUGGGUUAAUAUGAAUAUUUAUAGUGGUACUCCUCUCUCGUUUCGAUAUUGCCUCGUACUUUGGUCAAUUCUUCAUAUUAGGAUCAAAAUAAAUGUAACAAUUAUGUUGCCACGGUAUUACAGUUCUUCAAAUCAUAUUUGUGUAAGGAAACAUUCAAGAACAUUUUGGGAAUCAUAGACUAAUAUGAAUAUUUAGCAGUGGUACUCCUAUCUCAUGUCUACAUUCCUUUGCUACAUUUUGCUUUACCUGCUACAUACAAGGAGUGAUCCAAAAGUUUCAGGACUAAAACCUAAAAACAUACAUGAAAAGUAUUAUAAAUCAAUCAAUGUUUGUACCUUUCAAAGUACUAUCCUUGGCAAUGAAUACACUGUUUUUGUGGAAUGCUCUUUACUUACUUCAGUUAGUUUUCUUUAAUUUUUUCUAUUGAGCCAAACAUUAACACAUUUUUUACUCAAUAGUUGCCAAAAAAUCGCAUUUAAAAUUUACAGAAGUAAUUAAAACAUGCUUGCACUGAAAUUAUUGGUUGCAAAACUAUUAUGCAAAUAAAAAUUAUGUUAUUGAAUCUUAUUUCAGUUGAAAUCUAACAAAAAUACGAACGAAAGCAAUCGAGUAUCGGAAAAUACGUAAGUUUGGACUGUCACUUCAAACGGUGCUGCCAACCCAUCGAUAUAAUAUACCAACCAUUCUGCCCGUUGCGACGUUGCCGCACAAUUCAAAAAUCCUAGAAUUUAAUGAUCCCUCCUCGUACAUAAUAAAUUAUUAAGACAAGCGUUAUAAUUAAACAAUUUAUUCACAAAUAAUUUAUUUUUAUUUAUUAACGUUCAUUUCUAUGGUUAUUUAACACACAUUGUUUUGUCGCAUUUAUAUGUUAAGUGCAUACAAAAAAUUAGACAGCUAGAUAGUUCACAAUAAAAAACUCUACAUUAAAUAAACAAAAUUUAUAGAAUGAAAUAAUAUAAACACUAUUUACUUUUCUUGUACGUUAACGAAUAUCAUUUAUUUUCCUUUUUUUGGUGGUUUAUUCCAAAAGUAUUUGAUCUUCGCUCAUAACUUUGAAAUACUGUAUAGUUCGUCAUGUAGUUCCAUUGGUACUUCCGUGCUCUAUUUAGUUCCAAUCAAAUUGGGAGCUUUCAUUGCUCCACAGUCACACAGAUCAUCUUCAGCGUAGCCCUACUUUUUCAGAUUGUACUUGUGGGUGAGUUCACUUCGAAGCCGGUUUAGAGGUUUCCACCUGGAGAAAGGUAAGUUUGAUACUGCGGGUAGUUCCUCCUAAUGGUUAAGUAGAGGUUGUGGAUCGUACAAGUUUCAAAUUUCUCUCUUAUGUGACGAAAGAAGCUGCGGUGUGACUUCAUUCGAGCGGAGUUGUCAGAAAUGAUCAUGUAGGGGGAGACAGCGGUCUUUGACUUGUUUGCCUUUAUCGGCCUCUGCUACAGCUCUUGUGAUCGUAGGUGGAGCUAUUCCUGCGAAAUACCUGUGAGGCGUGCGUUGAGUGUUUGCAGACUAUAUCCGCUGAGAAACUUGGCAGUCUGCAAGCGCUGAGUGCGAAGGACAUGUGGAUGAGCACCUCAAGUUGUGCCUGUCACUUACUUCAGGAUGUUUUUUGAUAUGAGUUUCAUCUUUAUAGUAUGAAGUUAUUUUGGGGUUGGGUAGUGCCCUAAUUCCUGAUCUGAUCACACAACAUUAGGCUUUUUGCAAGCUUCUUUAUUAUUUAAAUGGAAAGCAUAUGUCUGUGUUUUUGACGGAUUGACUUUAGGUAGUUUCGUUCAUAGUAAAUGAUUUUUUUUGUUUUAGGUUUAGGAAAACUAGGCAGUUUUCUGUCCUAUAUCAUUAGUGUGUACUUUAAGGGUCUCUCCAACAUAUAUAUUAAUGAUAUACAUGAGAGUUCCACUGUCACCAGUUCCUACCUGAUGUUUGCUGAUGACUUUAAAUUGCACUGUCUUAUUAAAGUCUACACACUUUCUUCAGAUCCAAAACUCGAUUGAAUCACCAGUACGUGAUUAAUCACUGACCAUUUCAUUAAUUGCCAAUGGAAUUUUGUAUAAUUUGAAUAGGUUUCGCCCGUUUUUGUCGAGUUUGAGGGAAAACUUUUAUAUAUUUUGUACUUUCACUCUUAAAUAACUUUUGCUCAGUCCUGUGUCAUUUUCAGCGAUUACAAAAUGUGAGGAUCACAAGAAAAGCAAAAUCUACAAACUCUUAUUCUUGUUGGCAACUGCCAUAUCGGAAAAAGUUAUUGAUUACGCUCGUACUCCACAGAGGGCGCUUUAGCUCGAAGUUAUGAAUGAAGGUCGUAUAUUUUUUAUACGUCAUAUAAUAACGUCUAAUCUGACUAGGCAAAUUCCACUUCUUAUGAGUUUAUUUAAUGUUAAUAUUAGGAGAAUAGCGUCGUUAUUAAAAACAUAUCACUAAGAAACAUUCACUAGAAAAGGUCAGCAAAGCAAUAUAGUACCGACAAUUGUUUAAAUAUAAGAUAAUGCGAUAUUAAAUGCUUUUUCAAUUAUUAUGCUUAUGAACUUGUUUACCUACGAAGUUUAAAAUAUACAUUCGAGUGAUCAGAGGUAAGAUCUUUUGCAUUUUUGCAUUAAUUUGGGUUCUAUUAGUUCAUAAAUUAUGCUAAUUAAAAAAUCUUCGUGGUGAACAGUCAACGGCCCUUAGAAACUUUAACAUUUAACGAAAUACUUACAUCUCAAAGAUCGGUAAACCUUUGUGUGGUUAAAACUUGUCGCAAUUGUUAUGCCAGGACAAUUGAAUAAUACUGCACAGAAACCAUCUGUUAUCAUGUCAUGAUUACACAGGUUCAAUCAUUUUCAUAUAGGGCUAUCAGUGGACUCUUGUUAAGUUUAUAAUGGUUUCUAUAUUUUUGGCAUAAGUAGACAAUCUUUACUAAAUGUUUACAUUAUUGUAGACUAAGCAAUAAAGCGGCGAUUUUUGAUAUUUUAUUAUUUAUUUUUUUACCUAGUCACGUCUCGUUUUCGUUCAAUAAUCUUAGCAAAAACUUUUUAAGCUAUGCUAUUAGACUCAGACGGGCUUCCAUAUCGAGUCGUCUACACUCUGGGAGCACUCCAGCUCGCACCCUGUCCUACCUUUUACUUCACAAAAAACUCUACGGCUGAUUUGUUGUUUCAACAAAUUGUUUCCAUUUUAAUCUAAGAAUAAAAAGUCAUUCUCAAGACUAUCUAUGAAGAAAGCACAAAUACACUCAUGGAUGUAUUAAGAGCACAGGAUCCUUCGACACAAGAUAGCAAAAGACCUUUACAAAGCAUACGAGGCAACAACCGAGGAACUGUUCGUUUUUUCAACGAGAUAACAAGAUUUUCAAGGUAAAUUCCAUGUGAUUAAACUUUUGGCUCUAAAAAUAUAGCACAAUCUUGUUUUUACUCUCGUCGUUGGUUUCCAAUUCCAAUACUGUGUGAGAGCCACAUGAUUUACUGUAGGAUAAAAAAAAUUCUUAUCUAUAUGAGGCAUAAUAGCUUGUCCGGCUAAUAUAUUAACCAAAACUGGAUUUUAUUUAUGCUGUUCAAAAAUGUUUAAAUUUGUUUCAAACUAACACGAUAUCAUUUUCAUGUGGAACAGCCUCAUAAUCUUGUAAUCUUCUAUUGGAUAUUUGAAAUAAAUAACGUAUAUUUUGUGCAUAACUGUAGCAAUAACUCUUCUAUCUUUAUUGAUUUCACUUGGACUAAUCUCACUUUUUUCAUCUUUAGUAGGUUGUUCAACAAGUCUUAUCAUUCCAUAAGAAAUUCCUUAAGACAUUUUGUAAUUCAUGUUGGUAUUCAAUAUAAUCCCUCUGAACUUUAAUACACUUGUCCCAAAAAUCUUUUGGUUAAUAUAUUCCAUCUAUGAAGUGGGACUUCGUUCAGUGAAAAUCGUUUUCCACUUCCUUCAAAUGAGUUUUUUGAAUCGGUAAGUACAGAAGAAGUCAGACGGAACUAAAUCUGGCGAAUAUAACAAUUUCUUUCAUUAUUUUCGUGAUGGUUUUUUAGAUUUGCGUUACGGUGUGUUAUCUUGGUGAAAAAUGUGCAAACCACGAACAUUAUAUUCAGAUAGUCAAAAAUCUUACAAAAUAAUACUUUGACUUUAUUGCUCUACCAACUAGAGGUUAUUAAAGUGCAUUUGGGAUACCAAAAAAUUGGUGUCCCAUUCUUGCUUGGUCGAAAUCUGGACUCUAGUUUACCUCGCAUCCGAAGUAGCGGUUGACAACACUCGUUAGUUUGAUUUAGGAAGAUAGUAGUAGAUGUAGUUUUAAUAAUACUCAUAAAAUGAUGCAUAAUUGCACCAUUUGUUGAUUUGAUGGGAUGAUUUGAUGAGUAUCUUUUAUUGGUCAGUAUAUAUGUAAUAUAAUUUUUAAUAAUGUUUAUUAUGCUAGUCGCACUUAUUUUCCAUGUCUACAAUCUACGGGAACAAAAGUUAAAAAAUGGUGUUUGGCACUAUAGUAAACUACUAACAGAAUUCUACCAGUCUAGUUUCCAUUUCGUUCCUUAUUUCGAGUCAGACAUAACCUUAUAUAUUGGACUGCACCUUUUCCAAAAAAAAACUAUUUCUGCACGAUGUUUGUUUUUUCCAUUGUAAAAAUAUACUGUGCCACUUCAGUGUAAACAUAUGAAUGAGUUGAAAAACGUAAACAAAGCUGUCAUUUGUUUUAUGUGUUCAUCCAACAGGAGUACCAUCUUUAGAAAAAUAAAAUGACGAACUUAGUAGCGCCAUCUUUUAUCAAGCGACAAAACUUAUUGAAAACAUAUUUCUGCCACGUGUUUUAUUUGCCAUGUUUGAUUUCUCUCUGUAUCUCGUUUAACUAAGUUGAAAGUGGAAUAUUUCCCCGUCAGUCGGUUUUAGCAUUUUUGUUUGGUUUUAAUGGUAUUUUGAUAAUAUAGAAAAACUAGAAGAAACACCACUAAAAAAAUCGUACCACACCUGCUAUACAAGUAUAUAAUAGAAUAGAAUAAAUACCACUAAAAAAUUCGUACCACACGUAUUUCACGUGAUGAAAUUUUUUUAACAAUUUUGCCUCUAAAAAUGUUUGCAAUAACGUUUAACAGUUUUCUAUUUAUUGUUAUGUAGUAUUGUUUUUAGUCUAAUGCAAUGUUUUAUAAAAAAGCUAAAAUAUAUUGUUUGGUUACCAAUAAAAUUGUUUUAUCU